AUGUCGUCUGGAGCCAAGGAGGGGGGCGGGGGCUCUCCCGCCUACCACCUCCCCCACCCGCACCCACACCCACCCCAGCACGCCCAGUAUGUGGGCCCCUAUCGGCUGGAGAAGACCCUGGGCAAAGGACAGACCGGGCUAGUAAAACUCGGGGUCCACUGUAUCACGGGCCAGAAGGUCGCCAUCAAGAUUGUGAAUCGAGAGAAGUUGUCCGAGUCGGUGCUGAUGAAGGUGGAGCGUGAGAUCGCCAUCCUAAAGCUCAUCGAACACCCACACGUCCUCAAACUCCAUGACGUCUACGAGAACAAGAAAUAUUUGUAUCUGGUUCUAGAGCACGUCUCUGGAGGGGAGCUGUUUGACUACUUGGUAAAGAAGGGGAGACUGACCCCCAAGGAGGCCCGGAAGUUCUUCCGCCAGAUCGUGUCGGCACUGGACUUCUGCCACAGCUAUUCCAUCUGCCACAGAGAUCUGAAGCCUGAGAACCUGCUUCUGGAUGAGAAGAACAACAUCCGCAUCGCCGACUUCGGCAUGGCCUCCCUGCAGGUGGGGGACAGCCUCCUGGAGACCAGCUGCGGGUCCCCCCAUUAUGCGUGUCCAGAGGUGAUUAAGGGGGAGAAGUACGACGGGCGGCGUGCGGACAUGUGGAGCUGUGGGGUCAUCCUCUUUGCCCUGCUCGUGGGUGCUCUGCCUUUUGAUGACGACAACCUCCGCCAGCUGCUGGAGAAGGUGAAACGGGGCGUCUUUCACAUGCCCCACUUCAUCCCUCCAGACUGCCAGAGCCUCCUGAGAGGCAUGAUCGAGGUGGAGCCAGAGAAGAGGCUCAGUCUGGAGCAAAUUCAGAAACAUCCUUGGUACCUGGGCGGGAAGCAUGAGCCGGAUCCCUGCUUAGAGCCAGCCCCGGGCCGCCGGGUAGCCAUGCGAAGUCUCCCAUCCAACGGAGAACUGGACCCCGAUGUCCUGGAGAGCAUGGCAUCGCUGGGCUGCUUCAGGGACCGCGAGCGGCUGCACCGCGAGCUGCGGAGCGAGGAGGAGAACCAAGAGAAGAUGAUCUACUAUCUCCUUUUGGAUCGGAAAGAACGGUAUCCCAGCUGUGAGGACCAGGACCUGCCUCCCCGGAAUGAUGUAGACCCCCCUCGGAAGCGUGUGGACUCCCCCAUGCUGAGCCGGCACGGGAAGCGGCGGCCGGAGCGGAAGUCCAUGGAGGUGCUAAGCAUCACUGACGCCGGGGGCGGGGGCUCCCCCGUACCCACGAGGAGGGCCUUGGAGAUGGCCCAGCACAGCCAGAGAUCACGGAGCGUCAGUGGAGCGUCCACCGGUCUGUCGUCCAGUCCUCUCAGCAGUCCCAGGAGUCCAGUGUUUUCCUUCUCUCCUGAACCUGGCACUGGAGAUGAGGCUCGGGGAGGAGGUUCACCAACUUCCAAAACGCAGACGCUGCCUUCUAGGGGUCCCAGGGGUGGGGGCGCUGGGGAGCAGCCCCCGCCCCCCAGUGCCCGCUCCACGCCCCUGCCUGGUCCCCCAGGCUCCCCGCGUUCCUCUGGGGGUACUCCCUUGCACUCACCGCUGCACACACCCCGGGCCAGUCCCACUGGGACCCCGGGAACAACACCUCCCCCCAGCCCGGGUGGUGGCGUCGGGGGAGCCGCCUGGAGGAGUCGGCUCAACUCCAUCCGCAACAGCUUCUUGGGCUCCCCUCGCUUUCACCGGCGCAAGAUGCAGGUCCCCACUGCGGAGGAGAUGUCCAGUUUGACACCAGAGUCCUCUCCAGAGCUAGCAAAACGCUCCUGGUUCGGGAACUUCAUUUCUUUGGACAAAGAAGAACAAAUAUUCCUCGUGCUCAAGGACAAACCUCUCAGCAGCAUCAAAGCGGACAUUGUCCACGCCUUCCUGUCGAUCCCCAGCCUGAGUCACAGUGUGCUGUCACAGACCAGCUUCAGGGCCGAGUACAAGGCCAGUGGUGGCCCCUCCGUCUUCCAGAAGCCUGUCCGCUUCCAGGUGGACAUCAGCUUCUCCGAGGGUCCGGAGCCCUCCCCACGCCGGGACGGCAGUGGUGGCGGCUGCAUCUACUCCGUCACCUUCACACUCAUCUCCGGUCCCAGCCGCCGGUUCAAGCGUGUGGUGGAGACCAUCCAGGCACAGCUGUUAAGCACCCACGACCAGCCGUCCGUGCAGGCCCUAGCAGAUGAGAAGAAUGGGGCCCAGACUCGGCCACCAGGUACCCCACCCCGGAGCCUGCACCCCCCACCCAGCCGCCCAGACCCAGAACUCAGCGGCUCACCCCGCCGAGGACCCCCCAAGGACAAGAAGCUCCUGGCCACCAACGGGACCCCUUUGCCCUGA